AAUUGCGGUGCACCAUCUACACUUCUCAAUUAAAAAUAAUUUCCAUUCGUAAUUAUCGCAUUGUUUUUGCAAUGUCUUUAUCUUCAUCAUUAGACCUUCUUUGCCAGUACCAAAAUGUUUUAUAUAUAUUAUCAUAGUAUGUUUUUUGUUUGCAUUUUGACUGCAGGUAUUGUGGUUAAUGCAUACAUGAAUCCUUGUAAUAAGGUUUCAGUUUUGUUGCAAGAAAAAAGGGGAAAAAACCCUAUAUUAAAUGCCUUUCUUACUUUGGGACUAGUUGGUGACGUUCACUCAACUAUUGUGUUGGAAGCCGAUUAGCUGCACAUCUUGUUCUACUUGAAAACAAGACCUUAGAUCGAUUAUUCACUCCACGUGCAAUCUUGCAACAGAUCGCGUCCCUCUCGCGUUCGCUGCGGGUGUGCCGAAAUCAUUACAGAGUGCUUCGAAGAAGGGUCAUUGCCCGAAACGUCUCAUACAUUUCAAGGAAGUGUUAUUGACGACGGUGGAGGGUUUACUUCGUCACAGAGUUAAAGGUCAGAGGUUUAAGGCGGAGCCAUCGCGGAGGGCAGAGGUGGUCGGUGACGUCACCACGCUCCGGGUAUAAAGGCGGCUGCUGCAGGCUGGGCGCGCCAUCUCUCGCGAGCUUUGUCAGAAGUAGCAGAGUUAGUCGCCAUGUCUGGACGCGGGAAAGGCGGUAAGGGGCUCGGUAAGGGAGGCGCAAAACGCCAUCGUAAGGUGCUGCGCGACAACAUCCAGGGAAUCACCAAGCCCGCCAUCCGCCGCCUCGCUCGCCGCGGCGGUGUGAAGCGCAUCUCGGGCCUCAUCUACGAAGAGACCCGCGGCGUCCUGAAGGUCUUCCUUGAGAACGUCAUCCGCGACGCCGUCACCUACACGGAGCACGCCAAGCGCAAGACCGUCACCGCCAUGGACGUGGUCUACGCCCUCAAGCGCCAGGGCCGCACUCUCUACGGCUUCGGAGGCUGAGUGCCCAUCUCUCGCGCACUAAACCAACCCAAAGGCUCUUUUCAGAGCCAC